CCGCCUUUAACACUAUUAAAAUACAAAUUCGAAGGUGUUUAUAUGUUAUUCGAUUAUUUACAAUCGAUUGACAUAUCGUACUUGCAUCAAAUGCUCGCAUCGGUUCGCGGACUACUUUGUUGACGCGUAGAUGCGGCACAGCAAUCGGUGGAGGGGGGAUAUUGAAUGGGCUGCGGAUUCCAAGUCUGUCGCGCCGGCCGGCACAAUUCACCCAAUUCUUCCUAUCGUAAACUCACAACCGACAGCUCACGCACUCUAUACCACAAAAUUACAACCACUGCCGGUGCCAGAUCCGUGGGCAUGCAAAAUGACAAUGUCCCAAACCCUACGGCCAAUUCCAUCACUUUUUCAAGAUCCAGUCCACGAGUUCAUGAAGAGAGUCUCUCUAGGAUUCACGGCUGGCGUUUUUGGGUUGUUGGCCAAUAUACCUUUCGAUGUUGCCAAGAGCCGAAUUCAGGGUCCUCAGCCCGUUAAAGGAGAAAUCAUAAUAAUAUUAUAA